AUGACUUCUUGGCCCAACGACGCAGGCUUCGACACCGACUACGAGGAGCAUGAGCCUGUUCCGCUCACCGUCAAAGGCAACAUACCGUACUAUGCCGCUGGCGUGCUAUACAGAACAGGGCCACUUGGUUAUAAGGCGAAGACGGGCGAUGGUAACGUCUGGGCUGCGAACCAUUGGUUCGAUGGCUUCAGCUGUGUCCAUCGCUUCGAGAUUGACUUUCCAGAGGAGAACGCGCCGGCACAUGUCACCUAUCGAUCAAGACGCAUUGUAGACGAGUAUCUCGAGACAGUUCGAAAGACCGGCAAGCUCGACAGCAUCACCUUCGCCGCCAAGCGCGACCCAUGCGAGACCUUCUUCCACAAAGUCAUGAGUAUGUUCAAGGCACAGCGAAACGCGAAGAACGUCGGCGUCACACUUUCCAUCAACAUGCCGGGUGGUGACCAUGUUAAGAACGCUGAGAAGCCAGCCAUGGUCAAUGGCCACACCAGCGGGAUCGAGACGCUGCACGUUAAGACAGACAAUUUCCUCAUGAAACAACUCGACCCAGAGACCCUGGAGCCGAAGGGCCUCGUCACCCAGACUGCACUGAAUCCCGAACUGAAAGGCAAUAUGUCUGCGGCGCACGCCAAGACCGAUCCCGAUGCCGGAGAUCUCUUCAACUUCAACUUGGAGUUCGGGCGCAAGUCGACUUAUCGUAUCUUCCGCACAUCCGCCUCCACCGGUAAAACCGACAUUCUUGCGACCUUCUAUGGAAAGCCAGCGUAUCUCCACUCCCUUUUCCUCACUCAGAAUUAUGUCGUCCUCUGCAUUUGGAACAGCCACAUCACUUGGGGUGGCCUCUCAAUACUCUAUAACAAGAACAUUGUCGACGCCAUCGCGCCUUUCGACCCUUCCUCGAAAGCGAAAUGGUACGUCGUCGACCGCACCCACGGCAAGGGGCUCGUAGCAACCUACGAAAGCGAGCCCUUCUUCUGCUUCCACUCCGUCAAUGCAUGGGAAGAGCCAUCCCCCAGCGACCCCAAGAAAACGGACAUCAUCUGCGAGCUCGCUAUGUACGACAAUCUUGAUGUUAUACACCGCUUCUACUACGACAACGUCAUGAGCCUGAGCGACGCCUCGAAAGCCUAUGCGGGCAAGAAACGAGAGUCCUGCCUCCCGAGCCACGCCCACUUUCGUCUGCCCAGCGUCAACGCGGUCGUCUCCUCAUCCAAGCCGCUCCCCACCGAACUCAUCUUCAAGGCCGACAAAAUGAUCUCUAUGGAACUUCCCACCAUCAACCCCGCUUACCUUACCCACAAGCACCGCUUCGCAUACGGCACCGCCGACCGGCUUAAGUCCUCGUUCAUGGACGGCAUCAUCAAGUUUGACAACGUGACGCAGAAGGCAAUUUUCUGGGAAACAGAGGCGCACACGCCGGGCGAGCCUAUCUUCGUGGCGGAUCCAGACGGAAAGGCGGAAGAUGAUGGUGUGCUUUUGAGUGUGGUGCUUGAUGGAGUAAAGGAGAAGAGUUACUUGCUCGUGCUAAACGCAAGGGACUUGAGAGAGAUGGGAAGGGCGGAGAUGCAGGGGCCCAUGUCUUUUGGGUUCCAUGGGACGUACAAGGCGUCAGGGAGGAAGUAUGGUGGGGAUAUCUGA